AUGGGAUUAUACAAACCCCCGAAAGCGGCUGGUAUGGACUACUACCUUAGACUGGAAAAUGACCUGAACGAUAUUGUCACUUGGGCAACGUCACAGAAACAAUUCGUUAUUAUAACGGAAGACUUGAACCUAAACAGGCUCAAACCCGAUGAGAGAGAAGGUAAAAUUCAGCGUGAUCUGGAGGAUAUACACGAGCUGUCAUGUUUAAUCAACAAACCUACAAGAAUAACAAACAUAAGUCGAACGUUAAUAGAUGUCAUUUUGGCUAAUCAGAUUAUUAAACCAGAAAUGUUUAAAGAAAGCGAUGUUUACGACCCAGGAUUCAGUGAUCAUCGAAUGGUUUAUGAAGUCACGAGGGAAAAUGCAAUACAUUAUCCUUGCAAGGUUAUAUCAUUCAGGAGUGUCAAGAACUUAAACGAGGACGAACUGUUGAAGGACCUUAGCGUUGCCCCCUGGCACGUAGGGAAUAUUUUUGACUCGGUUGACGAUCGAUACUUCUACUGGAGUAAGUUAGUCAAUGAUGCUCUAGGUAAUCAUGCACUCCAGAAAAAAUUGAGGGUCUGGUCGAGGGACGUGGAAUACAUGACUCCGGAAUGGAAAACAGCAAUUCGAAUGAAAAGGAAGUACACAAAGAAGUUCGCUAAGGACCCAUCACAGGAGAAUCUCAUAAAUAAGAACAAGUGGAGAAACACAGCCACUAAGCUCAGGAGACGGGCAAUUAAAGAGUACUGGAAAACUAAGACGGACUCAUCCGGCAGCAAUCCUAGAGAUUUCUUUAAGAAGGUGUUUAAGCCUUUUCUGGACUCUAAGGCACGGGGAACUGACGACAACGUUAUUAACCCAGAUUUUAAUGAUAGUAUUAUUUUAAAAAGUUUAAACUAA